GCACUGAAUCUUUAUCAAAAAGAACACUUCCCACCGCAUCUAAUUUCCGUACUUCGAAACGCAGUUCCUCAUUACUUUAUGGUCUUUAUCUUUUUUUUUUUUUCUUGAAACGCUUUCUUAAUCUAAUGUACUGUGAUGAUCAGAUACAAAAUAAUUUUACAGGCUUAUAUUUUUUAAGUUUGAAAUAAAUGAAGAGAACGUAGAGUGUAUAAUUGUAUUGCUGCCAUGAACAGACACCUGCCCUUCUAAAGCACAAUAGAUCACAAUGACAGUUGUGGUUAAAAGGAAAAAUGUUUUUUUUGACAGAACAUAAUACUUUCAACCGAUAGCAUUGUCCAAAAUGAUAACUCUUUAAGAUAAACAAGACGUAAAGUAAUUGCCAUUAAUUGGCCAUCUGUUUUCAGAGCGACAGCAUAAAGCAGCCUUCUAGAUAUCGCGUUUGGGUUCGUUUUCAAAAACAAAAGAGUUACUGUAGAUCUGAAGCCAAAAAAUACGCCUCUUUCAUCUCUCACAGUUGUUUCACUUUCUAUCCUUCUUUGGCCCGAACAAACCUUUGAGGUUCCCGUUCGUAGUUUUGGGAUUGAGUUGAAAAACAGUACCCAGCCUUUUAAAUGUCUCAAAACGGGGCCGUUCAUCCGUCGCUUGAGAAGUACGAAGUACUCCUUGCCGAUAGACAGACAGGAGUUGUGGUGAUAGAAGCGCUUAUUUGCGCCGUCUUACUUCUCACAGCUCUGCUAGGGAAUAUCUUAGUCUUGUGGAUGGUGUGGAAGAACAAAAAUCUCCGAACAAUUCCAAACCAUUUUAUCGUUUCCCUUGCUUUCGCCGACGUCGGAAUGGCAGCCAUUUGCCAGCCGCCUUGCUUCACGGUCCUCGCUGCAGGGAAACGGACGUACGGAAAUUUUGUCUGCCAGCUUCAAGGAUAUGUCAUAGCCAUGCUGUCUUGCGUGUCACUCUUAACGCUAACCGUGGUCGCUGUAAAUCGGUACUUUCUAAUCGUCCGUCCGAAGAACUACCAGAAGAUUUUCAGCACAAGGAAUACUCGUAUCAUGAUUGCUUUUAUUUGGCUUGUGUCUCUCCUCGCCCCGGUACCUUAUCUUGCUUCCAACCAUCGUUACGUGUACCAUGCGGGGAAGUUCUUUUGUUUUCAAGUCGUCGAAGUCGACUUUUUUACUUUGCUUGGGUACGUGUUCGUUGUCAUCCCCUCGUUGGUGCUUUCGUUCUGUUAUUACAACGUUUUCAAAGCUUUGAAAGAGCAUAAUAAACGGUUCCAUAGUCUGCGUCGCCGAGGAGACCGGCCAACCGCCGCAAGGAUCUCUGUUGAGGAGAUAAACGUGACAAAAACUUUGUUUCUUACAGUUUGCGCCUUCUUUAUUUGUUGGACACCGAUUUCCAUUGUAGAUUUCAUAGGGUUUGGACAAGGAGGCUGGAACCUUCCUCGUGAGGUGUACGUGAUGUACACAUUUUUGGGUCAGUUGAGUACGGUGAUAAAUCCUGUCGUUUAUGGCGUCAUGAACAAGACCUUCCGAGACGAAUACAAGAAGCUGUUUAAAUGGAGCGGUGGGGCCGACAUAACACAAGAAUCGACCGAAGAAACUCCACAGACGCAGGAGAGUAAGUGCUCUGUGCUUUAAAAAAGAACUUGGCAUUUUAAUAAGUUGCUUUUUGUUCAAGCCUUACAAUAAAGUAAUAUUGUAGAGCUUUUUUUUUUCCAAGCGUAAAGGAAACAUUAAUGCCUAGUUAAAGUAAUUAGCUAUGCUAGAACCGCAUCGCAAGGAAACUGUUUUUCAAGUGACGCCCAUGCGCCCUUACUUAAAGACAGUGACUUCGACCUCGCUAAAAGGCGCCUUUUUAACCACGGCUUUCCUCACGAAACUGAGGUCUCACGAUUGUACACAUCAAUGUGCGUGCUUCUCAGUCCUUAGAAACUAAAAUGAACAGAUUUCAAUUUUCUUGGUAACAGGUGGAGCAGAUGCACAAUUUUUUUUGGUUCGCGUUUACGUUUGUUUAUGAUAACGAUAGAUUAAAAGAAAAUGUUUUGA